GCCGGAAGUGCCGGGAGGCGACGUGUGCGGAGUAGAGCCGGUGCGGGAUGGAGGGGCUGUACCAGCAAACCAACAAGCAGGUCCAUGAGGUCCAGUCUUACAUGGGGCACCUGGAGACUUCAGACAAAGAGUCAGUGCACUUGGUAGAAAAUGAGAUUCAGGCAAGAAUAGACAAUAUAUUCAGCAACUUGGAACGUCUGGAAAUCCUGGCCAGCAAAGAACCUCCCAACAAGAGGCAGAGUGCCAAACUGCGAGUGGACCAGCUGAAAUACGACGUGCAGCACCUGCAGACAGCCCUGAGGAACUUCCAGCACCGCCGGUACCUGCGGGAGCAGCAGGAGCGGCAGCGCGAGGAGCUGCUAGCCCGCACCUUCACCACCAACGACUCUGACACCACCAUCCCGAUCGACGAAACCUUGCAGUUUAAUGAAUCCCUGCAGAGUGCCCACCGAGGCAUGGAUGAGCUUAUUGGCAGUGGCACCAACAUCCUGGCGGGGCUGAGGGACCAGAGAGUCACAUUAAAGGGCACUCACAAGAAGAUCCUGGACGUUGCCAACAUGCUGGGGAUGUCCAACACGGUGAUGCGGCUGAUCGAGAAGCGCGCCUUCCAGGACAAGUUCCUCAUGCUGGGGGGCAUGGCUGUCACCUGCCUCAUCAUGUUCCUUGUCGUGCAGUACCUGACAUGAGCUGCUGACCUCCUGCAAGAGGACUGUCUCCAGAACUGAAUUUCCUCUGGGUGCUGCUUUGGAUGAGCCCUUCCCGUGGACUUCAGAGUUUACAAAUCCUACUAGGACAGUGUCAAGUGGAAGGCACAUCGGGAAAUGGAUGUGUCUGGAAAUGGAUGUGUCUGGGAAUGCCGUGCUUGAGAAUGGCCCUGUGAAAAUAAGCCCUGGCCUUUACUCUCUCCCCUCAAGCCUGCAGGUUUAAAGGUCUGGUUAACAGGAAGCAGAAGUGAACGUUGUGCCCAGCUGUAGGAAGGCAGGAAUGUCCCUUUGGGCACACAGGGAUGGGAGGAUGCAAAGGCACAGUCUAGGAUGCUUCAAGUGUUUACUGGCCAGCACUGACCUUACCCCCUGCAUUUUGCAGUGCAAGAAUAGCCCAGAGAAUUUCACAGUGUUCAUGGGCCUGAGUUCAGCCUGUGGGACUGAGUGUGCAAAAAGAGUUGGGAAGUGAAGGGCUCCCAUCUGCUGUUCCAUUUGCUUGGAGGAGGAAGAUGUGUGGGGAAGAGUCUUAAAACACGGUUAUGACCUGAGUUAACUUCACUCACAGUAUUACCCAGCACAGAUCUCUCUGGUUUAGGGUGAAAUGCUGCUCUGCUCAUCUGAGGGAUGUUCUGGUGCCUCUCUCUGCCCUGCUGCUCCCCAGGGGGUGCUCAGCGCCACGCUCCCUCCUGCUUCCACUGAUGCACGUCAGGCCUGUGGCAUCUCCCUGAGCCUCCUGCCAAAUCCAGCCUCCAAAACUGACAUUGCUAAUGCUGGAGCAGAGAGGUUUGGGGAGCUGUGUUCAUUUCCUGAGGUGCUGGUUGGGUUUGGGGCUCUGGAGCUGGAACUACUGAGUGGACGGAGCAGGUGAGUCCCCCUGUACUCCCUGGAGGUGUGGGAUUGUUCACAGAGCUGGAACAGGUUCUUCACACCAGAGGAAUGGUGGGAUUGGCACAACAGGCCCUGGCACUGGAAAUCAGCUUGGUCAGGAGAGUUUCCUCAAGUCUGUGCCUUGGAAUGGAGACGUCCCCACCCUUGGGAAGGGCAUUCCUGUGGUACCCUUUGCACUGUGGAGUUCCUGUGAAGGACACUCAGAUGUGUCACCUCCUGGGGUCGUGCUGGCUCACACUCAACCCCUUGGGCUCAUUCCCUGUCCCAGUGAAACAUUGGAGCUGUGAGAUCUUCAUCUCAGCCUGGCACUGCUUCCCCUGCAGCCUGGGGAUGUCUGAUGGAGAGGCCAUCCUGGCAUUUUGGGCAUCAUCCAUUUCAAUCACCCUGCAGAUCUGUUCCUAUCCCCAUGUGUAGCAAGUCUGGAGCAUUCCCUGAUGUCUGACAGUGGCACAGAUGGGUCAUAUCCAGAUGAUGUGGCCUUGUGCUGGCAAUUCCUUCUGUUUCCUGUCUGGAAUGGUUGUGGGUCUCUGGAUUAGUAACUAAUCACAAAUUCUACAUUCUGCUGACUGCAUUGAGCUUUGCUUUCAAUAUGUGGCCUGUUGUAAACUUGGAUAAAGGGUUUUAAUAACUGUUAGAAGGAAUUUUAGGGAAUAUGGGCCGUGACACAAGGUAAUGCUGGUGGGGCCCAGCCAUACUCCCAGAGUGACCAGUGGCCCCUGUUCAUGGGCUUCUCCAUGUGUUUGAUACUUUUCUGCUAUUUCUCCAAGUGUCUUCUGCUCUUGGAGUUCCCCAUUUGUCCAGGUUUUCCAAGGAAAUACUGUAGCAAAGCAACCAUGGAGCUGGUUUUCACUUGACCCCAAGGAAGUAAGGAAUUAAAAGGAAAAGAGGGAAUCUGCAGUGAUGGAGCAUCUGUCUGGCUGUGUAAUAGAAAUCAUAAAUCCAAAUUUGCCUGAAAUUUAUUUUGGAUAUGAAAUGCCCUUGGAUUCAGCCCUUGAGAGGCCAGCUGAGCACUUGCAAGGGGUCCCUGGGGAAUCUCAGUUCUGAUGAACUGAUCCAAUUUCCCUGGAUUUUACAGUGUUGGGGUUUAGGGUUAAAGGCUGUCAUUGUUUAAAGUUUCUGUAGUUGUGACCUGGGGUAGCAGGGUUUGUCUUACACCAAGGUGGGACUCUGGCCAGUCUCUCCUUUAGGGCUGUGGUAGGAGCCAUAAGACACCUGGAACUGGAUUUUUCUUCUGUUUCUGAGCCUAGCUUGCCAUUUUAAUAGAUGUUUUCCUGUUGAUUUAUUUCGCCUUCUGGAGUCUCCUUGUCCUUGCACAGGCUGAUUUCUCCUUGGUGAGCCAAGUGUCCUUGCUACCCAUGACAUCCAAAGGUGACACAUGGGGCUUGAAGGAGCCACCUGGGGAGCUGGAUUUGGGGACAUGUGACAUCAGACAUGUUUGUGGUGCCUGUAAAUCCAAAGAGAUUCCAAGGGCAUCUCAGGUGGUUUGUAUGAAACCCAAAAUCCUCCAUGGCAGUGGGACAUGGCAGGGGCACGAGUGGUUCCUUCAAGCCCCGCAUCUCCCCUUUGGAUGCAGUGGGAAAUGAGCUGGAGCCCUGGUGGGAUUGUGGUCCCUGCCAAAGGAAAUGAGUUGGAGCUGGAGCCCUGGUGGCUUUGCUGCUGUAGCUUGGUGGCGUUUCCUUCGUCAGCAAACACCUCCCUUCUGCUUCCAAACUGUGGCAUGAGCUCCAGCUCUGGGGUGAGCUGGUCUCAGGAGGACACUCUGUGGGAAUUCACUUGCCUCUGGAAUAAAACUUUGUUUUACCAGUAUUUUAUACAUAAAGGAGCAAGGGUGGGACGCGAUUCAUGUGAUGUUCUGUGAAUAAAGACUUUUUUU